CAAAAAUAAUUGCAAAAAAGUACAAAAGUUCAAAGUGUGUCAAGUUUAACGUGUGUUCCCAGUCGUGAAUUGCUUGUGAAUGGUUGUCUGCUACAGUGUUGGGAACACUGUUGCCAGAUAGUCUUAUAUAAGACUAUAUGGUUUUACAACCAUUCACUCCAUAGAAAAGUGGUCACUUUUCAUCGUUUUACUUAUGAAAAGUACACUUUUCUCUUACGUUCACUUAUGUACACUAUAAGUUACUCUAUCAUAUAAUUAGGUUCCAAGCAAGCAAAUGGGUAGCACCCCAACACUCAAUUCCAGGUAUCAGGUGAUUAGCAUCUGGAGCACCCUGAAAUAAAAGUGGCAAGCAGGAAGGGGAACCAUAUUUUGGCUGUCACUGUUUUUAGUGUCAAUAUGUUGAAUAAAACUCAUUAGUCAACAUUGCUUUGAGAUUGCCGUCGUCUGCUUUUAAUUUCGAGUCUGCUAUCAGAUUUCAAAGUGUAAAACAUGGAGAGCCAAAAUUCAGUGACCGAUUCUUUUGGAGACCGAAACUCCGAGUUGUCGAUGGGGCUUGAUGCCGCUCGAUACUAUCUUUCCAAGUCUGUGAAAAAUUCAACAAAACAGCAGUACGACCGCGUGUAUGAUGUUUGGCGGAAUUUUUGUCAAAGAAACGAAUUGGAAGAGUUUGGAGCCAGCCAUGAACAAUUAGCCGCUUGUCUCUCCCUCGUGAUGAUGCGAGACAAAUCAUAUUCGAAAGUCGUAAUGCUGAGUGCCGCGGUUACUAAUGAGUACCGUAUUCGCAUGCUGCCAUCGCCUACGACUCACGAAACGAUAUCCACAUUGUUUCGUGGAUUCCGAAAUGAACAUCCUCAAACACGUACUGCUAAGUUACCUAUUACUGAAGAAAUUCUUGACAAGUUUUAUAACCACCUCUACCAAACUAAACAUGGGAGGGAUGGAUUGCGUGCGUCUGUCGUUUUGUGGCGCACAAUUUGGAGAAUUUCAAUGGAGUAUCAUACUCUUGGAAGGUUUAGCGAUAUCGUCAAGUUGCGUAGGAGUGACGUCAAAUACGUUACGGAUCCUUCACCCCAUUUGAGGAUCCUAUUCAAGGGCGGAAAAAAUGACCUGUACACUGAAGGAGCCGAGCGAGUAGUUGCAUCGAAUCCAACUGUCAGGCGUUGUCCUGUUCAGCUCACUUUAAACUACUUCAAAUAUUUAGGAACAUCCUAUAUCGGCUAUCUUGUUCCUUCGUGUUUGGCAAAAAAUUUUCCGAAUCCAGACAAAUCGGUACCUUAUAGUGGAGCCCUGGCUGACAUGAAGAAAUUAAUGGACUCCUUGGGGUAUGAUGGGAAACUUUAUGGUGAGCAUUCCGGAAAAAGAGGUGGAGCGACAACCGCCGCAGCCCAUGGUGCAACUGACAAACAACUCAAACGUCUUGGAGGCUGGCGUUCCGACGCGAUGCCUGCCAAAUAUGUAGAUCUUUCGAUUCCAAGUCGUUUAUCAAUGUCAGAGUUGUUGCAGAAAAAUCAAAAUGAUACAAACACAGUCUGAUGGGAAUUUUCUUUUGUCGUGCAAUGAAAUUAAACAAAAAAGCUGCCAUAAA